GGGUUCAGCGUUUCCGAAAGGGGGAGGCUGAUAUCAGCAAGUCGUACCACUCCUUGUGGUACCGUUAUCCCCUCGGCUUAUCCACCUGUUCUGUAGGACCACAAGCCUUGCCCGUCUCCGAGUCCCUCGCUGCAGAGGGUGCAAAGACCACAUUCCCCAGUGCCGAGCUCCCAGCCGCAACACGUAGCGUGAUGACAGCCAUCCUGGAGCGGAUCAGCACGCUGUCCCUCAGUGGGCAGCAGCUCAGCCGUCUCCCCAAGCUGCUGGAAGACGGAUUCCCGAAGAUGCCUUGCACUGUCAAAGAGUGUGAGGUGCCACAGCUCUUCCGAGAGCCAUACAUCCACACCGGGUACCGUCCCACCGGCCAGGAGUGGCGGUACUACUUCCUUAGCCUCUUCCAGAAGCACAACGAGGUGGUCAACGUGUGGACUCAUCUCCUGGCAGCUCUGGCUGUCCUGCUGAGGUUCAAGACGUUUGUGGAGGCUGAGCAAUUACCAGUGGAUGCAUGGUCCUUGCCUUUGCUCAUCUUUGUCCUGUCCUCUGUCACCUACCUGACCUGCAGCCUCCUGGCCCACCUACUGCAGUCGAAGUCAGAGCUGUAUCACUACACCUUCUACUUCGUGGACUACGUCGGAGUCAGCAUCUACCAGUACGGUAGUGCCCUAGCCCAUUUCUACUACAGCUCGGAUCAGGCCUGGUAUGACAAAUUCUGGCUUUUCUUCCUCCCGGCAGCUGCUUUCUGUGGCUGGCUCUCUUGUGCUGGCUGCUGCUACGCGAAGUAUCGGUACCGACGGCCUUACCCCAUCAUGAGGAAGAUGUGCCAGGUGAUCCCAGCUGGACUGGCGUUCAUCUUGGAUAUCAGUCCUGUUGCUCACCGCGUGGUCGUGUGUCACCUAGGAGGCUGUGAGGAAGAUGCUGCUUGGUACCACACAUAUCAGAUACUGUUUUUUCUUAUCAGUGCUUAUUUCUUCUCCUGCCCAGUUCCUGAGAAGUACUUCCCGGGAUCCUGUGAUAUCGUUGGCCAUGCCCACCAAAUCUUCCACACGUUCCUGGCCAUCUGCACCCUCUCACAACUGGAGGCCAUAUUACUGGAUUACAAGAACAGGCAGGAGAUCUUCCUAAAAAGACAUGGGCCUCUCUCCAUCUAUCUCACCUGUGGCUCUUUUUUUGGCCUGGUGGCUUGUAGUGCCAUCACAGCUUACAUCCUGCGAUGCAGGAUCAAGGCCAGUCUGGCUAAAAAGGACUCCUGAGAGAGUCACGAAGAUAGUGAGCGUGACAUCACCUGGCCGGUGCAAACCAGGAAGAGGGGGAUAAUAUAUUAGAGACAUAACUGGCUUGUUCGCCUAACAUGCUCUUACUAACCUGGACCCUGUGGACUGGGGUGGAGGGCUGGAUACUUCAUUCUGGAUGCAUUUUCACAGCAGGGGCUGCCUUCUGCCAUGCAGGGGGACAUGGGCUAUUUUAAGCCAAAACAAGUCACUUAACCGAGGAUGCUGGAACAGCAGAGGUUUCUUGUUCACGCCGGUAAACCUGCAGGAAAUAUCAUGCCGAAUGUCAAGGAUGGCAGCCUGAGGGCUGUGAGAUCGCAGAAUGGUCUCCUGGGGCUCACAAAGUAGUGGAGAAUGCACCUUGAGGAUCAUGGGUGAAUGUGACUACCUAUCUGGGUUUUGCCAUCUCCGCUGUGCUUGGGGGGAUCCUGUGACCAUUGAAGGCAGUAGCAAGGCUUCAGGGGGAGUCUAUAUUUCUAGAGUUCAGCUGCAAGGGUGUGUGUGGUGCAGUGGCUGGAUUAGUCCUUUCUGCUCCAGUGGGUUAAGCCGGGUUAUCUCUACUUUUGCCCUUCUCAAUAUCUCAGUGCCAGUUUGCUGAGACGGCCCUGGCAAAGUAUAUUUGCAGACCUAGGCCUGACUUGGGGUCCUCUAGGGUGAACUGGGUCUGAACCUGAGCCCUGUGUCUGCUGGCAAUUGGUACGGAUCUAGCCAUCCCUGGCACAGGUGAGGAUGUGAGGUCAACUCUCUUGUCUCUUUCUGCAUGAUUGCACCAUCGAUAGUAGAGCUGCUUAACAAACCCAGCAAGUCGGUUGUUUGAAUUUGGCCAGUUUAAGGGCAGUACUGCUGGCUGUUUGGUAGCCUACAAGCCAGUUCCUUAAAGGCUCCUCACUUCCAUUUUAAGUGCUCAGCAGCUUUUGAGGAGCUGGGCCUGUGUCAAGUUGGAGCUGGUUCUCAGAGCCUUCUUCAGUAGCUAAGUAUUUCUUCAGUGGCAGAGGUCGAGCACCCCUGAAGUCACCAGCCAGUGUUCAGGGCCCUAGCACCCAGAAGGGGAGACAAAAAGGUCGUGCUUAGUAGAUUUGAUGUGGGUGCAUCAUUUUGGCUGUCCGUGUGAUGGGUUUAUGCACUUUUGCAUAGACUGACUCCAUGUCAUCUGCCUAGGGAGUCUGACUGGCCUCCUUUGCUGUCAACACAGCGUAGGUGUGAUCUGUCUGAUAUGGGCAAAGCUCUGGGCCCUAGGCCUCCAACAGCCCUAGUGUAGUCCUGGCCAAAAGGGGAUGAUGGUGGAGUGAGUGUGAAGUCUUAAUUUCCCUCUUAGCCAUAGGAAUGCUGAUUUUCAGCACUGCAGGCAGUCCUCGGUGGGCCUCGUGGGGAAGCUCACCUUGAAGCUGCAGGGUUGCACUUCUCUGACCUAUGGGACUGUGAAUCUGUCAUGUUUUUAUCAGCAUUACAUGGUCCCAACCAGCCUAAACACCUGCUGUUCAGCCCACUGCUGUCUUUCCAUGGUAGACCUUGGCACGGGUCCUCCCAGCUGUACCCUAUGCAAGACCUGCAGCCUUAAAUGCCUUGACAUCAGGCCAGUUUCCAGGAGGUGUAAAUCCUUCCUGAAAGCAAAGAAGUUAUGGGAUCUACUCCAGCCACAGAUCUGUCCCAUUGAACUGAAGGGCAGGCAAACGAAUCGUGUUUGCUGGUACUGGGCAGGCAGAGUUUAGGGAUGGGGAUAUGGUUCGUCAUGACAAGCACUGACUUCUGCACUUGAUCUGUUUUUUAACUACUGGAGUGAGUGUGUGUGUGUGUGUGUGCGCGCGCGCGCGCAUGAUUUAAAAUUCAGAAAGGCCUUGCUUUUGGCUUUUAUAUCUGCAGAGCCUCAUAGCUAGAUAAAGAUCAGUCUGAAGGAAACAGUGCCUUGAUGUUGGAGGAGUGGGGGGGGCAGACAACAGGAUAUCUGAAAACUAAUUUAUUUAUUAGGUGGUUUGCUAUGUCAUGUCUUGUGGGCAAGUCUGAAAGUUGUGGCCUUAUUGACUAAUUAAAUACAAAGGCGGGGGGUCAUUUCUGAUUACAGAUGAAGUCAUAGGAAAGACUCCAAGAGGUCACUUAGUCCACCCCUUCUCCUCACUGUGUGCCUCUUCGUUCACACCGAGCCCAGCUAGGAGCGCAUAAGACUUGUUAAUGGCUCAGUUGCCUCCAGCGUAUUUUGACGGUACAGCUACACUGACCUAACUGCAAAUUACCAGGGUAAGGGACAGUUCCACUAACACCUCGUCAUGCCUCUUUCCUUGCACAGAAGCUCUUCUGACCUCAGAGUGAGCCAGUGCAGGGAGACGGACCUGCAGACAACCAAACCUAAUGAUAAGAAAGUCACUAAUUUUCUGCUGGUUUUAACUUUCAGCCAGCUCGCUUGGACAACACCGCUGCAUGCAGGGAAGGGUUGGGUACACAGAGCUGAAGUGGAGGUGAACAGCAGUUCUUCCUUGCAACAGCGGUUGGUUGCUUGACUGGCUUAGCUGCACUGAUGGACUGCCCCCUCCAUGGUCUCUGUGACUUUACUUGUGGGUCUCCUCCCAGUUCGGGGAACAACUUCCAGUGGGAGUAGUGUUUCUUCUCAGAGGCAAACUUGCCUUGCUUUUGUGGUAGUUUAAAGCAGAAUAAGCCACCUAGUGUGGAUUUGGCUGGAUGGUAUAAACGGGUUUCUGUGCAGGAAAGGGAAUAAGUCAGGCUGGUCCACUGCCCCUUUCUGUGCUAAAACUGAGAAGGAGUAGGCAUUGCUGCUAGUAACAAACCCUGCUCUGCUGCUCAACUAGAGUUAUACUGGUACUGAAGACAGGGAUAACUAGGCCUUUCCUUCUCUAAGGGUUUGAAAAUAGUUGAUAUGUGCUGCCCUAGGCAAAGGAGGAUAAAUACAGCAAUGCCAUCCAGUUCCUCUCACUGGAGAGGAGGUGCCUUAUGGCUCUUCUGAGGCAAGAAGCUGCUCCUGGCAUUUCUGAUCACACCAUGUCAUCUCCUAACUGAUCCAGUAGAAAUGAAAUUCUUUCUUCUGGAACAAUUGUGUGUGAUGAUGGUGGUGGUUUUACCUAUCCCCGUGUUACCCCUCAGGUGAUGCCACCUGUGUCCCCAUGUGGCCCUGCACUCAGACCUGGAGCUGACCUCCUGGUUACUAUGAUGGGCUGAUGUCACAGGGAAUUGCAAUAUAGAUUGCUGCUGCUGUGGGGAUGCACCCUUGUGUCACAAGAGGCUUGUCUACACUGGAGCUUCCUCCAUCCGUGUCUCCUUCCUCCUCCUCUUCCUCCAACCACUUUAUUUCUCUUCCUCAUCCCAAGAAUUUAUCCUUGUGCCUUAUGGACCCGGCUGCCUACCUGUGCAGACUCCGUAUGUUCUGCAGUCUGCUGCAUCUCACCUGGGCUGAGACUGGAAGGUGGCAGCCGAUGCCCUCCUGAAAGCUGUGCUGUUGAUCUAGGGGAGAAGACCAUGACUGAGUCCUGAGAGUAAAAGUGCUGCUGUGCUAAACGCUCGGCCCAUCUAAAGCAUCUCUUGACCUCGCACUUUGGGCUCAGUGGCCCACUUUUUCCAUCCUGGCGCUCCUCUAAGGAGGCACGGCUGGGAGGGAUGUAGGUGGCUGCAGGGCUUUGGUGGAGAGCCCACCACCAAAGGCUGAGCACUUCUGAGAGUAGGUCAUGAAGGGACCAAGGUCCUAACCCUCUCCCACAGGAACCUCCAGUCCUGAGAUAGCAUUUUUGCAGCUCUUUUAACCCCGGAUCUGUACUGGUCAACUCCUGAGAAUUUAUCCCAGUGUGCCUUAUGCUGUUCCCUUUUGGAAUUCAUCCUGUGGGGACCAGAGGAUUAAAAGCAGCCUCUCUGCUAUCUGUGGUUGCUUUUAACUGCUGAUCCCCACUGACAGAAUUUGCUUGGUAUAAGGAGCAGGAGGGGAGGAUGGAAAGAGGUGCCUUAAACUCAUAUUUAUGCUGAUUGAUUUGUGUAACAGGGCAAGGACAGGCUCCUCACGUGCCUUGCUAUUUACAUCUUUUACUGAGAAGAUUGUUUUUAAGCACUGUUUGUUACUAAACAUAAGUACAAAGGAGUUUUUAUUUUUUCCCUGGAAAACAGGGAAGGGUAUGAGUGUUAUGUAUUAACCAUUCCGUUCCUAACCCCCAUUUGCUGACUUUGUAUCAUUGAAAAUAUUGACAAUAUUUUAAGCUUUGUAC